UAAAGGAGUACUUAACAGCAGUGACUGAGGAAUACAGAACAACUCAAUCUAUCUUUUGACAGCAAACUCACACAGGUUUAUCUUUCCCCACUCAGAAGAAAAGAUGGAAUUUGAAUCUCAGUGCAGCCUGAUGACUAGCACCUCCAUGAGCGAGAGGUGGACAUCGAGGAUGCCUCAGGGGCUGGACUUGGAGAUCUCCCAGCAUCCUCUGACGAUGAAGAGCGUGGUGAAUCUCAUCAUCGCCAUGGAGAGGUUAAAGGACACCACCAAGUCAGAAUCGCCAAUGAGUUCCGAGUUCAGAGAUGAGGAUCUGCUCAACAUCAUGCUGGAGAGUGCGGUGGAAGAGGAAUUUGUGUUUGAGGUGACUGCAGCACCGCCGGCAGAGAGACAUAGCAAAUUUAACAAGACGGGGGAACACGAGUGCCGUAUCACUGAUACCCAGAAGAGGAACUGGGUGCUUGUUAAAGACGCCAUGGAGCUCCAUGCCCUGAUGCUGCAAGGAGGCAGCAGCCAUCGCCAAGUGAAUCUGAACAUGUGCACCUAUGUGAACACUGCGCCCAGUACUGAUGCGAGACCUGUGAUCUUGGGUAUCAGGGGUACAGACCUCUACCUGUCAUGCUCAGAGGAAAAUGGGAGGCCAACCCUGCAUCUGGAGGAGGUGCAGGGCAAGGAGCGGUUGAGGAGUAUCAGCAAGGGGACUGACAUGGUGCGAUUCCUCUUCUACAAACGGGACAGUGGGCUUGAUAUUAGCACCUUCAUGUCGGCCCACUUCCCUGGCUGGUACAUCAGCACGGCCCAGGAAGAUGACAGGCCCGUAGACAUGUGCCAACAGACGGCCCGACGCUACAGAAACUUCACCAUCCAGCGCCAGAACUGAAGAGGGCUUGGUGAUGAUUUUUAGAGAAAGGAUGUCUAAAGGCAGGCCUGCUAGUGAGUGCUGAAGAAAAUCAAAAUGGCCACAAGGGUGGUCAUUUUACUUCAGAGAGUAAAUUAUUCUCUAUAUUCUGGUUAUUUUAUUUUUUGUUUUUUGGUGAUUAUUUUGUUUUGAUUUAAAUAAAUGAUGAACAAAAGUUAUUUUCUAGAAAAUGGGCUACAAGGUUAUCAGCAUAACACGAAGCAUAUUAAUAAGGAUCUCAAUAAU